AUGAGCCAGCUAAUGUCGCCAGUGGAAGAUACCAUGAAGGCAAGCAAGAAGGAGGAGCCAGCUGGCACCAUGGAGGGUGCCGCUGAUCGCGGCGAUGCUAGGGAGAGCGCCGCCGCGGAGUCCACGAACGCCGAAGGAGGGGCACCGUGGACCGGGAGUGUGCAGGACGGGAGGUACCUGCGCGAACCUGUUCGAGAGUCUGACCCGUCAGGGCGACACAGCGGCGAAGCAGGGGGCUUUGUCCCCCAAGAGGAUGCCCUUUCGGACGAGUAUGCCAUGACAAAGCACAACCUGCGACACGCGAAGGAGUUGACGCGGACCGGUGUGCUAAAGGAAGUAAUGAUCGAAUACAAGGCGAUCAAGGACAAGCUGGAGCAGGGGAAAGCAAAAGGGGCGACGGGCGCAGAGCAAGCCAGCAGUCGUGGCCGCGGCGGCGGCGGUCGCGGCGGCCGCUCAAGCUCAGGCGGAUCCGGAGGAGUCAAGGAGAGCAAGGGAAGCAGCAGUGGAGGCGCCGAUGGCGGCGGUGGCGGGGACUAUAAGUUCCCGGGCCGGUGCUUUAGGUGUGGACAUCAUGGACAUCAAGCGAUCGGCUGCACUACCAACGAGAAGGACUUCGUGCCGUGGUGUGCGCGCUGCGAGGGGUGGGGCCACACCAAAGAAAAGUGCGCGACGGAGGAGGCCGUCCUGGCGCAAGUGGUGGAGCAUGAGAGCGACGUGGACUCCGUGGAAGACCAGGCGUUUUGUGCCGUGGCGGUCCCCCCAGGCGAGUGUGGUACCGGUGGUGAAGUAGGUCUCGUGGGGGUUGUGGAACAAGGCCAGGCGGUGUACGUGGCCGACACAGUGGACACGUGCUCCAUGUUCCGAUGUGCAGACAACACCGGGGGCCUCACGCUGACCACGAAAGCCGGAGGGGAGGUAUGGUUCCUCCGGACUGGAAAGCUGCUGACCCAACGAGGCUAUCGAAUAAAGCGAACGCUACACACCGCCUGUGCCGCACUCAUUGUUCCUGGCGAUGCAAAAGCAGCCACCCCCACUGACCUCAACGAGUACCACCUCGCGCACGGCCAUGCCCACGAGACAUUGCUCAGGAUCACGGCGGAACAGCAGGGAGUGCAGCUGACGCAUGGACCGCUGCUACCCUGCCUUGACUGUUCGAUGUCCAAGGGACAGGUGGAACCCGUCCGGAAGAGCACGAGCACACGCGCACUGCUACCUCUCGCAGAUGACGAGGAGGGCGGGCAGGGCGAGAGCAGAGCGGAUGCAUCACGCCAAGGUUGGGGGCGGGGAGGGAGACUCAGGUAGUGAGUCCGACCUCGACGUGAUGGAGGCUCGCGGGCCAGGACAAGCGACGCCGUUUGUGCUCGAGGAGGCACUGACGGCACCCGGCAAUCCCGGGACGGAGGCAGAAUUCCCCCGUCGCCCCCUUCAGGAAGGGCGACUUCGGCGGGGGCGGUGACAGCCCC